UGAAGAUACCACCAUUGAAACCACUUCCAAGAAGUACUUCGUUGCCAAACAAUUCUUUACCUUUCACUGUCACAAAGAAGAUUCCAGAAGAUACGAAGAGUAACAACAGGACUUCCAGGAACUUGUACAGUAGUCAUCGAAACUCUGCUCCAAUAAAUGUGAAAGCCUUAAUGGAAAAUUUUGAGAAUUUUGGUUCCGCUCCUCCACCGAUGCCACAAAAAGUUUCUGCGUAUAAACUCCAAAAACCGAUACGCAAGAUAUCUUUAACAGAAAUAGUCAAGAAAGAUAUUGAAACUGUACCAAAAAUUAAUAAUGAUAAAGUAUUAAUGAAUGAAAGUGGAAAAAAUGGACUAUCAAGUGAAACAAUAAAGCCAAGGAGAUUAUCGUUGGAUAAAACUGAAAAAGCUAGAACUGAGAAAAGUAGCAAAGGAACGUCGACCACUAUAGUCUUAAAAUCGGAAUUUGUGGGAAGCAAUUUAGGAAUUACUUUGUCUGGAGGGACAGAUGAAAGUAGAGAAAUUACGGUGCAUCGAAUCAGAUAUGGCAGUGUAGCUUACAAUGAUGGCGGUUUGAAACGAGGAGAUAAAAUAAUAUCUGUUAACGGAAACCCAACCAAAGGACUGACACAUUCAGAGGCAGUUGAAUUGUUGAAGGAACCUGUUACCGAGUUUUCUAUAGUAAUUGAGGAAGGAACUGAAGUCGUGCCAUCAACUCCAAUCAGUAGUACUCUGCAGAAGAGGUCCUUAUCAAUGUCAGUCCUAAAUGACAUCAAAACACUAUCCGUUGAAUGUAUUGAAAAGACAGCCAACCAUACGAUAUCUUUAACAAAGGAUGGAUCUGGAUUGGGAUUCAGUAUUGAAGGAGGAAAAGAUUCACCUCUAGGAGACGUGCCAUUGGUUGUAAAGAAAAUAUUCACAG